CUUUUUGAACACACCUCAUAUACCGCCUAAUGGUUGCUCUAUAUCGGAGUUAGAGUAUUUUCAAAAAUAUUUAGCAAACGCGGGAGUAGCUAUAGUUGUAUACGAGGUUGAAACGCUAGGGCAUGGUGGAGAGCCUUUAUAUGAUGGGACGGCUUAUGUAAUAAAUUCAUUCACCAGCGUCGUACAUACGCUGCAUGUUCUAUAUUAUCGAAGAUUACACCAUUUUGAGCCGAUUCUAAAUUUACGUGCCGCUGUAGGAAGUAGGGGUUUUUGCGUGUUUUGCAAUGUAGCGUAUACUAGAAUAAGCGAUCAUAAAUGUUCGCGCAAAUGUAAUCGUUGUAUAGGCCAACCACCGUGUAUAAUAACCGCAAAUCCCCGUAUUAAAUGUAAUUCUUGUAAACGCUCUUUUUAUAACAACAAUUGUUUUCAACAGCAUUUAAAAAACCCGUACGACGACACAAAUAAGAGAAAAAAAAAUAAAAAAAGUGUUUGCGAUACAUUAAAAAUAUGUGACACGUGCUCAAGAUUUAUUAUAAUAGAUAAAAAAAGGGAACAUGAUUGUAACGCGGUAUAUUGCAAAACAUGUAAAGAUUUUGAAUUAAAGAUUUUUGCCAUAUUAACCAUUUAUGCUAUAUACAGCCUAUAAAACAAACUACCGAUAAACGACCAAAAAUAUUGUUUUUAUUUUAUGAUUUUGAAACACAACAAAACACGCGCAUUAGAGGGGAUGAUAAAAAACGUGUACAUGUACCAAAUUUAUGUGUUGUGCAACAAACAUGUACUUAUUGUUUAGAAGAUAAUGAUGAUGAUAUGACAAAAUUAUGUCAAUAUUGCGGUAUACGUGAAUAUGUAUUUGAUCAAGACCCUGUAAAGCAACUUGUUGAUUUAGCUACCACUACGCUCGUUUAGUCGUACAAUUUGUAUCGCCCAUAAUGCGAAAGCUUUUGAUGCUCAAUUUAUUUUGAGACAUUUUGCUACGAGAGGUGGUGUAAAUGAGAUGCCGUCAAUAAUACUAAAUGGUACAAAUAUCGUUGUAAUGACGGGCAUGAUAGGGCACACGACAUUUCUCGAUAGUUUAAAUUAUCUUCAUAUGCCAUUAAGUGCUUUACCAAAAGCUUUUGAACUUAACGGUUGUACUACAAAAGGUAUAUUCCCACAUUUAUUUAAUACACCUGAAAAUCAAAAUUAUAUAGGACCGUUACCAGAUUUGAAAUAUUAUUCAAGUUGUUAUAUGCAAAAUAAUGAGCGCGAACGGUUUUUAUCUUAGUUUACUAAAGCAAAACAAUUAAAUUAUAUAUUUGAUUUUAAAAAAGAAAUCGUACAUUAUUGUAAAAAUGAUGUGACGAUAUUACGUAAAGCCUGCUUAGCUUUUCGUAAAAUGUUUAUUAAAUGUGGUAUGGUUUGCCCUUUCGAGGAAAGUACCACAAUAGCAUCAGCCUGUUCACGUGUUUAUCGUAAAAAUUUUCUUCAAAAAAAUAAAAUUGGUAUUAUACCAACGGGCGGUUAUCGUUGGGGUCAAAAUCAAUCGCGUAAAGCUGUUUCUUGGUUGAUUUGGACAGAGCGCGAAUUGGGUCGUGUUAUAGCUCACGCUGGACAUGGUCGUGAGACACGAUUACCCGAAGGUGUUUUAGUUGACGGUUAUUAUGAAGAAAUCAAUAACGGCGUGACGAUUAAACAUGUUUUGCAAUUCCACGGUUGUUAUUGGCAUGGCUGUACCCGGUGCUACACUGUAAAUAGAAACCAAGGAAUCGGUAAUGAUACAAUGGAUGCCCGUUUAGAACGUACUCAGUUUAUUACAGCAAAAAUUAUAGCUGCUGGAUAUGUUUUAACAAAAAUGUGGGAGUGCGAUUAUGAACGUAUUUUAAAAUCUAGAGAAGAUAUGCGUAUGUUUUUAAAAAAUUAUCCAGCUAUAUCUCAGCCUGCGUUAAAUCCCCGCGAUGCUUUUUACGGUGGUCGUACAGAGAACAUGGUGUCUCUUUACGAUGUAAAGGAUAAUGAGAAGAUACAUUAUGUCGAUGUAUGUUCUCUUUACCCAUAUAUUUGUAAAACAGGUAUAUUUCCUGUAGGACAUCCGAAAAUAUAUGUCGGUGAAGAGUGUCACGAAUUAACGGGUCCUACAGGUGUCGAAAUUGAUAAAAUAGAAGGACUCGUUUAUUGUUCAAUAUUACCACCGCGUACGCUUUAUCAUCCUGUAUUACCGGUGCGUAUGCAUGGUAAAUUAAUGUUUGCUUUAUGUCGUACAUGUUGCGAAAACAUGUGUCAAACAGCGUGUACACACGAGAAUGUUGCCGAUCGCGAAUUCACCGGUACGUGGGUAGUACAAGAAAUACGCAAAGCUGUAAGUGUUGGUUAUGAGCUUGUAAAUAUUUAUGAAAUUUGGCAAUACGAGGUAACGCAAUAUAAUCCCCAAUCUAAGGAGGGUGGUCACUUUACAGAAUACAUUAAUACUUUUUUAAAAAUUAAGCAAGAAGCUAGCGGUUGGCCUUCCGAUUGCACCGAUGAAGAGUCAAAAAAACGAUACAUAGAGGAAUAUGAGCGAGCGGAGGGUACUAAAUUAGAUCCUGAAAAAAUAUGUAUCAAUCCUGGUCUCCGAGCUGUUUCAAAACUAUGUUUGAAUUCUUUUUGGGGAAAAUUUGGUCAACGUGAGAAUCUACCUAAAGUUGAAAUUGUAACAAUGCGUAAAAGAUUAAUACAACUGCUUUCUAGUAACGAAGUUGAUGUUAAAAGUAUAUUACCUGUUAAUGACGAUGUUUUAUAUGUUGGUUAUGUAUAUACAGAUGAAAAUUUAACGCCAUCCGCUUUAACAAAUGUUGUGAUAGCUGCAUACACGACAACUCAAGCGCGUUUAAAAUUAUAUGAAUAUCUCGAGCGCCUCGGAGGGCUUUAUAUUGCGAUACCGAUUCAUGUAUAUACGUAA